AGCUCCAAAUCAAAACAACUUAGCAUGUUCGCAGAAGAACAACCGAUCUAAUACGAUUCCUUCCUAUCUUCACCGCUGAUGAAACCGAAUUAUUGAAAUGUGAGUUCCGGUGCAGUUGCAUCCAUUCCUACUUCUGAAGUGCAUAAAAUUGUAAAAUAUGGGGGAUUUGAACCCAUCAGAGUAUGAUGAACGCUAAAAAUUGACAAUGAUAGGUCGUCGGAAAAUCGACGAUAAAAUGUGCGCGUGACUCUAUGUAACUGUACCUUUGGUUACAUUCGAUUGUUCGUUACCACUUCGCAUCGUUUCACUUACAAAAUUUUCUUAUUGGAACCCAUCGUUUCUCUUCCAUAGUAUAUCUGGUGUGUAUGAUGUUAUAAGAAAACCUUUAUAACGCAUCUAGAAAACGUUUUGAAUUGUAACCAUGAGUUACAACAUCGAUACAAUGCUAUCUGAAAGGACAGUCAAAUUUGUCCGAUGACAUCAAAUGUCAAACGGCCGACUGAUGAGAAUUCGUCGCGGUACCGGUAGAUUCUGGUGAUAGUAUUACAUUGAUGCAGGAGAUCUUCUACCCGACCUAAUUUUCCGCAAUGGGUUGAGCGUAUAGUGGCACCAAGGGCUUUCAGUUCCGUUAGUCGAAUUCGCGGAGUUUCUUUAAAUCGCCUUUUUAUUCGGAUCCGAUACACCGCUGGGAAGCAUCUAGGAUCAGAGUAGACAAAUGCGUCUCAUUAUGACGUUAUCUCUCCUCUAUUUCUUGGUAUUCUCUUUAAAUAUAUGGAAGACUUAUCAAGUGGGUUACAACAAUGUGAAUUGUGCAACUACUUCUUGUCACUAUUAACACUCCUUAAGACAAAAAAUGAAAACGACCAAGUUCUAGCUGUGCAAGCGCAAAAAGACAUAUAUAUUUCGUUUUUAUUUAGAUUAGUUGUCUCCAAAAAAGUGACCUUUGCCAUCGUUGUCGACAAGGUUGUCCAGGUGCUCGCGGCUUUGUUCUAAACCCUCACGCUGCUUUGCCACGUAAGAUUCCAUUUCCGCCCUGUAACGCACCAUGUCCACAUCGGCGAGCUUCUUGUAUUUCGCAAGUUCGUCCGGUUUUAGUUCUUUCCAGCGCUGCCCAACGAUUUUCGCCAGACUCUCAAAACCGAUCUUUCCGUGUGGUGGACGCUUCCUUUUCUUGCCAGAAGCUUUCUUCUUUGGCCCAUCCAAUCCAUCGUCGUGAUCUUCAUUCUGAUCCUCAUCAUCUUCGUCUUUGUCGGGAAUCCCUGCGAGAAUGUUUGCCCGUUCAUCUCUGAAGAAGAUGUUGUAUGCAGACAAAGGACGUUUAGGUUUGUUCUUUGGCUUUUUUGGCCUAGCCUUUUUCCCAGAUUUCGCGAAUUCUGGAAUUGACCCAGACUGAAAAACCCCUGAUUCUCCUGGUUCUCUUUGAGAAGUUGUUGCGGGGGUUGCCGUCGCAUUGUUAGCACCUCCUUGACCGAGCAUGUUCAGAUAGUUGUUAGCAGGAACGCCAUUUGUUCCUGCAGCGCCAAGCAAACCCUCCGCUCCUGGUAAAUUACCGUCUAGAACCAUACAGCAGGAAACGAAAAGAGUAUUUCAAGUAUGUACAAAAGUGAGAUGCAAAACACAAUGAAAAAAUUCACUUUCCACUCCACCUAGAAAAGCAACAAAAACGAAACAUGAAAAGUGCGUCAAUAAAUUUCAAAAUAAGCAAAUAAACGCACAUUGUUGCCAGAGAGAUCCGGUACCUCCGAGUGUUGCUUGCUGUUGAGCUAGUAGCUGCUGCAUAAGGAGAUUUUGCUGAAGCAUGGGAUUUGUAGAGCUGCUAAUUGCAGCAUCGGCAGAUAUUCCAUUUUGGGCUGAAUUUUCGCCGUCCUUGUCGUUCCCAUUGCCACCGAAAUUCCCCGUCUGAACUCCGGGAAAGUUGUUACCGAAUGCAGAACCCAUCAGACCAACACCAGCUCCUAAACCAGGCAUACCUCCCAUUCCUGGCAUUCCUAGUCCGGCUAUACAUGGCAAAAAGGAGAAUGUCGAAUGUUUUGAAAUUUAAUCGUUUUGAAAAAUGUGAGUUUCAGGCUACAGAAAUGUGAAUAAUAAACUCAUCAAUGAACAGCAAAAAGAAUGAGGGGAAACCCUCUUCCAUUUUCUUGAAAAUAAACAAAGACAAGAGGCUGAAACAUACCCAUUCCGCCCAUACCACCCAUUCCCAUCUGGAGCCCCCCUUGUAGACUUCCUUGCAAACUUCCUUGCAGACUUCCUUGAAGACCAGGGGAAAGUCCACUCAAUACUGGGUUUGCUAAAAGGCCUCCCGUAUUGUCGAUGGGUGCUACAAUCGUAUUAUCGAUACCGUUACCAUUUGAUCGACCAAGGCCUCCGAUAGAUCCGAUACCCCCCAAAGGAUUGUUUUGAAUGCCUCCAAAACCCCCGACAGCACCUAACCCCAUAGCAUUUCCCAUUCCAAUUGGUGCCGGUCCAAGAUUCAUACCUCCCAUCGGAGCACCGAGGCCUUCACAAAUAAAACAGAGGGAACAAAUCAGUCAACAGUCCGAAGGGAAGAUUAACGUUCGUCACUAAAAGUACAAUACGAAGACGAUCAAAUACAGAGUAAAUGUUUUCAUGCACGACUUACCUUGUUUUGCAAGGAGGUUCAUCAAAGCGUCCUUAUUCGAGCCAUUGUCCAUCCCAGAAACUACUCCAACGCCGGGGCCAGCGCCGGCACCUGCUCCAGCAGCCAUUGCCAUGAGAGCAUGUUGUUGAGCCAACAACGAGUUCAUGUCAGCAUUACCGUCAGUAACAGUUUGGCCACCUAUCAUGCCCCCGGUCAUUCCUCCCAUUAACGAAGCAUUUGCAUUUCCAUCACUACCAUUCGGUGCCUGCAAGCCGUUAGUAGAGUUUUGCUGUUGCUGGAGUCCCAUUAGGUUCGCUACUAAUCCGUUCGGAUCAGAUCCGGUCUG